CAAUUGUUUCAUAUUAUUUAUUUAUUAAAAAAGGAUGCAAGGUAAAAAGUAAUGGCGCGAAAUUAUAUAUUUGAUUGCAAUACGCUAAUGGCGCCAUCUGAGAGAUGAAACAACUGGCAUUGUUAACGUUACCAAGUUUUUUCGACAGAGGCUAUGGUUUUCAAUCAUCUGAUCUAAGUUUUUUUUAUUAUUAUUAUUGUUCUUCGUACAAAAAUAAUAAUUUAUAUGAUACUUCAUUGUUUAUAUUAAAUUAUGCAAUUUAGAUAAAUUCAUUUGCAAAAAUGAGUAAUGUUUAUAUUCAAGAACCACCUACAACAGGAAAGGUUCUAAUGAAAACAUCCGUUGGAGAUAUAGAAAUAGAAUUAUGGGCAAAAGAAACUCCAAAAGCUUGUAGAAAUUUUAUUCAAUUAUGUAUGGAAAAUUAUUAUGACAACACUAUAUUUCACAGAGUAGUUAAAGGAUUUAUAGUUCAAGGUGGAGACCCAACAAGUACAGGAGAAGGUGGUGAAAGUAUAUAUGGUUCUCCCUUUAAGGAUGAGUUUCAUACAAGAUUAAGAUUUUGUCGCAGAGGCUUGCUUGCCAUGGCUAAUGCCGGUAAAGAUGACAAUGGCUCACAAUUCUUUUUCACGCUGGCUGCUACGCCAGAAUUACAAAACAAACAUACUAUUUUUGGCAAAGUUAUAGGAGAAACUUUAUACAACAUGCUUAAACUUGAAGAAGCUCUUGUAGAUGAGAACGAUAGACCUCUUUAUCCACAAAAAAUAUUGAAGACAGAAAUUCUGAACAAUCCAUUCGUGGAUAUUUCACCGCGAAUAGAAUCUAAAAAGAAUAACGAUCUGAAAGAAAGUAAAAAAGAAAAAAAAGCUGGAGUAAAAAAUUUUAAGUUAUUAUCUUUUGGAGAGGAAGCAGAAGAAGAUGAAGAAGAAUCUGUAAUUUUGAAUAAGCAAUUAAAUAAUAAAUCAAAAUCAGCACACGAUUGUUUGUCAGAUCCAAAAUUAAGUUCACAACCUGUAACUGAUUCUACUGAACCACCAAAUAAAAGAUUAAAGGAAAGUGAUGAUGUUGAUUCAGAAAGUGACAAUGAUACAUCUCAAUCUUCUGAGACAAUGGCUGCCAUAGCAAAAGAAAAGUCAGAAGUUACCGAAAGAAUCAAAAAUAAAUUGAAAGGGGGUAAAAAGACAAGUGAUUCCAAAGAGAUUGAACCUACUAAAGUAACUGAUAAUGAUAAUGUAGAAGAAGAGGAGGAAUAUUAUUUUGGAAAAGAACGACAUGAAGAACGUAAAAGAAAAAUGAAUGCAAUUAAAAAAGAAAUCCGUGACUUGAAGCGCACUGUUCAAAACGAAAAGAAAGAAAAAGAAGCAGAUAAAAAACUUGAGGACGAUAAAGAGGAACAGAAAAGAAAACAAAGUGAAAUAUUGAAGGAUUAUUUACAAACUCAAGAGGAAUAUAAAAAAGCUAAACAGAAAUUACCUGCAAAGGGCAAAACGCGUGAGGAUUUUACUUUAAACCUUCUAAAUAAAUUCAGGAAUAAACUUCAGGACACUAAAGGGUGUACAAAGGGUAAUACAAGUACAACAAAGGAAGAAGAAUCUAAGGACGAUGGGGAUGACGAGUUAUGGAUGGCACAUAUCUUGCGUUGCGAAGAAAAAGCCCCUGUACUUGCAAAAGAUGCUAGUACGAAGAAUGACGAUUGGUUUGAAAUUUAUGAUCCACGAAAUCCACUUAAUAAACGUCGAAGAGGAGAAUCAACAAAUAGCUCGAAGGACAGUAAAAAAGACAAAAGUCAUUCACGGCGAAGAUAAAUAUAAAUAUAAAUAUAUACAUAUUUUUUUUAUUUGUAAAAUAACAUUAACUAUAUAUGUUAUAUUGUAUAUAAUUAUAGAUUAUAUCUUCUUUUUUUUUAUCCUUUUAUUUAUAUUUGUUACAAUUGUAUUUUCACCAAUUUGAUCGAACAUUAAAUCGUCGCAUUGCGU